AUGCCCAAUUUUACUGAUGUGACUGAAUUUGUUCUUUUGGGAUUAACUAAUCAGCCUGGAUUGCAAGUCCUUUUCUUUGUGGUUUUUUUACUGGUCUACAUUAUCACCCUGAUUGGGAAUAUUGGUAUGAUCAUAUUAAUCAGGAUCAGUCCCAAGCUCAACAGCCCCAUGUAUUUUUUCCUCAGUCACUUGUCUUUUGCAGAUGUGUGGUUCUCCUCUAAUGUCACUCCUAAAAUGUUAGAAAAUUUGCUGUCUGAAACCAAAACCAUUUCCUACCCUGGUUGUAUAGUGCAGUGUUUUUUAUUCACUGCUUUUGUCCACGUAGAAGUCUUUAUCCUUGCUGUGAUGGCCUUUGAUAGAUACAUGGCAAUUGGCAACCCUCUGCUCUACGGCAGCAGAAUUUCAAGGACUGUCUGUAUUCGAUUGAUCUCUUUCCCUUACAUAUAUGGCUUCUUUAUCAGUUUGAUCUCCACCUUAUGGACUCAUGGUUUGUACUUCUGUGGGAAUAUUGAGAUCAACCAUUUCUACUGUGCAGACCCAGCUCUCAUCAAAAUUGCCUGUGCAGGAACCUUCAUUAAAUAAUACACCAUGCGCACAUUGGCAGGUAUCAACUUCUCUUAUUCUUUAUUAGUCAUUGUCAUCUCCUACAUAUUUAUCCUUAUUGCUAUCCUAAGAAUGCGCUCAGCAAAAGGAAGAAAAAAAGCCUUCUCCACAUGUGGAUCCCAUUUGACAGCUGUCACUAUAUUUUAUGGAACUCUCUUCUUCAUGUAUCUUAGAAGUCCAACUGAAGAGUCUGUGGAACAGGGAAAAAUGGUGGCUGUGUUUUACGCCACAGUAAUUCCUAUGUUGAAUCCCAUGAUCUACAGUCUCAGGAACAAAGAUGUAAAGGAGGCUGCAAGCAUAGCAACCAGUAGAACAUUUUUGACUAUAUACAAUAGAAACUUAUAA